AGCCUUGGCUCAAGAAGUGCAGGGUGUGCCUCCCCCGGCUCUGGCCGUGCACACAACGCUGGGCUGCCCCCUGGGGCGGGCAUCGCGCUUGCGCUUUCGGAGCUGGAGACGGGGCCCACAUGGCUGGCGCAGGCGUUUGCAGGUAUGACUGGCUUGGCAUUCACGAGGAGAUGCUGCGGGACCGUGUGCGAGUAGAAGGCCUACAAGGCGGCGAUCCUGGGAAAUGCCGCUGCCUUUGCUGGCAAGCGGGUGCUGGACGUCGGUUGUGGCACCGGGAUCCUCUCGGUGUUCGCGGCGCGCGCCGGCGCUGCGGCCGUCUACGCGGUGGACGCUGAGGGCUGCUGCGCCGAGAUGACUCGAAAGGUCGCGGAAGCCAAUGGGCUCGGUCACGUCAUCCUCGCAGGCCUGGAGAUUGACACCAACACCAAUGUCGGCGGUGUGCCUCCACCGAGGGAAGAAGAUCCCGAUCUCGGCGAUGGUGGUGAUAUUCUGGCUUCCAAGGUGGCCGAAAUAUUACCACCAACACCGAAAUCUAGGAUCAUCUUCCCCCUAUGGAGGCAAACCCCUGAGUUGGUGUUGGUGCCCAUUUCCAGGCCUCCAACAUCCAGGUGUUCGCGGGGCGCAUGGAGGACGUCGAGCUGCCCUCCAAGGUGGACGUGAUAGUCUCCGAGUGGAUGGGCUACUUCCUGCUGUACGAGAACAUGCUGGAGGCGGUUCUCGCUGCCAAGGGUCGCUUCCUCGAGGAGGGCGGCUCGAUCUUCCCCACGGUGGUCGAGCUCUACGUUGCGCCCUUCACGGACGCCGCGAUGCACGGGGAGCGGCGCCGCUUCUGGUCCGACGUGUCCGGCGUGGACAUGUCCGCCCUGCUGCCGGAGGUGCUCGUGGAGUUCGCCGCCGAGCCGCGGAUCGAAGGCCUCGACUUCGAGCAGCUGGUCGGGGAGCCGAUCCUGCUGUGGCGCCACGACUUCCGCGGCCCCGCCCCGGCGGCCUCGCCGCUGCGGAUCCAGGCGAGGGCGUCCUGGUUCUGUCCUCCUGGGGCCACGGCGCACGGCUACGCCGGCUGGUUCGAUUGCCACUUCGACGCCUCCGCCCCCGCGCCGCCCUGCGAGCGGGCCUCCGCGGCGGAAGGCGCCGCGCUGGCCGAGCUGCUCGCGAGCGCCUUCCACGCCCGCUUCGAGCGCGGCGCCGCAGAGCCCGGGGAGCCGGCCGCCUCGAAGAGGCGGCGCAGCGGGCAGCCUCCGCCCGGACGCCCCGGUGCGCGCCAGGCGUCGGUCCUCAGCACCGCGCCCGGCGCCGCCCGGACGCACUGGCACCACACGCUCUUCUUCUUCCGGGAGCCCGUGCCCCCAGGCAGCGCGGUGGAGGCGGAGUUCGCCCGUGUGUCGGGCACGUCGGGCGCCAAGGGCUGGGUGUGGGCGCUGCGCGUUGAGCACCAGCUGGGCGCGCCCGCGGGCGCGAGGAGCGGCAGGCCCAGGAGUGGCUCCUGCGCUCCUACGCGGGCGAGGGCCUGCGCGCCCCGCCCCUGCCCACCGCGCGCACCUGGCUCUACGACCUCCGGCGGUGACCGCUCCUUCGGCCGCUGCUCGGCCCGGCCGCUCCUUCGCCGUCGGGCCGCGGGCGCGUUCGUGGCAGCCGAGAUCGCGAGGCGCGCGGCGCGGCUGCGGCGGCAACGUCGGCUGCGCCGGCCGCCUUCCCGGUGGCUGCGGCCAGGCCCACGGUGGUUGCCGCGCCGCCAGUGUGAGUGGAGCGGGGGAGCCGCAGGGAGGGGUCUCGCCUGCCUGGCCGAGCAGGACGUGCGCGCCGCGGCUCGCGCGGGCGCGGGCGCAGGCGGGGGGGCCGUUCCGCUGCCCCCGGCGCCCCGGAGGAGCGGUCCCUGGGCGAUGGGCUCGGCUGCUUGGCCAGUGCUGGCGGAGGCCACGCUGGCAUUUGGAAGCGCCCACACGGCGCCAAGCUGCAGAAGGAGGGCUGAUCCGCGGGAGUUCGGCUGGACAGCAGUUCGGGCGCGCGGGAGGAGGCAGGCUCGUCUUCCCGUCUGGCGCUCGUGCUGCCGUAAUUAGAAGGUUCGGUCGCCGCGAUGGGGCGUUGGAUCAGAUGCUCUGUCGCGCUAGCUGCCUCGAGGCACGCGAGUGCCAGCAGCUGGCAUGGUGCAAUGCAUGGACGCAUCGUGCCCACAGUUUCCUCCCUCCCCCUGCCGCCGACCGCCAUCAGCGGCAAGCAUUCACACUAUGCAUCGCUGGUGCUUCGCUUUCAGCCGUUGGAUUGACGCGGGCGGGCUGGCUGCAGUCCAUGCGCUGGGAGGUGCUCCUUUGCUUUCUCCCUGUCCCUCCCCUCCCGCCGCUCGCCUUCAGCGGGGGGCACUCACAUCGAGGCGGCAUGCGGGUCCUGACCACGGUCUGCGCGAGAUGCCGGCGCGUCGUUUUCGAGUGCAGGCCGCCGUGGAAGAGGCCGGCGUUGGCAGUGGACCCUGGCACUGCGCGCAAGACCUGCGAGUGGCUCGCCUGUCUCACUCGGGAUGGGCACCUUUCACCUUUCAGAGGCCAGCAACAUAUGUACAUGUACGCGGUUAGCUUCCCCUGGAGGGCAUUUGAACGAGGACGUUCGUGCACUCAAGAUCGCGGAGGGCGUACAUGUACAUAUGUCGUUGCUCGCUCAACCUUCGCGCCCGCUGGGAACGAGCCCCUCGCUCGGUGGCUCGGGCCCCCCCCCAAGACGCACCCUCUCCCCUCGCCCCUCCGCCCCUCGCUCGUGGUCUGCUUGGCAUCGCUCGGACGUGUGCAUUUUCACCUAGCAGCUCUUGCUGAUAGGCUUCUAGUGGUCUCAAAAGAGAGCAUCGUGACUCCUCAGUCGGGGGUGGACAGAACCCCCAACAGUGACACGUCGAUUAGUGAAUUGUCCGUUUUCGGUUCUCGAGAGGGCGCCGUGGCCGU